UUGUUCUGAUUCUGUUGGGUCGAGUUGCAUGACGCUCAUGUUCUGUUAGGUUACGUUAUUUGCCCGCUGAUUGGCUCCGUCUUCAGGAAAUGUUUCCUUUUAUAGAUAACGGAGCGCCGAGGGGGCCACUUCCGGGUUCACAGUGUCGGCAUGUAGGAUCACCUGGACCCACCAACACGCACCUCUCGAUCCUCCAUCGAUCGGCUCUCAGCCAAGUCAUCAACAUCCACAACGACGACUUUUUUGUAGCGGUACCAGCAACUCUUGCUGGACAUAAACCACCAGAACAACUUAACUGGGUACACAAACAAAGAAUGGGGAACUUGAUCAAAGUGCUGACCAGAGAUAUCGACAACAAUGGCGGAAACUUCUUUUUGGACUUCGAGAAUGCUCAGCCGUCGUCAUCAGAGAAAGUGGUGUGGGAGAAUGUGAACCAGGUCCUGACGGAGUCUCAGGUCAUCCUGGAGGAGCUGCAGGGCUACACGGGAGCGGGAGAGGAGAUCCGACAGGCCAUCCAGAGCCCCAAUGAGGAAGGGGUACAAGAGAGGGCAUGGUCUGCUGUCCUUCCUCUGGUCACCAAACUGAAGACUUUCUAUGAGUUCUCUCACAAGCUUGAGUGCAGUCUGCCGUGUCUCCUGGACGUCCUCACCAGUCCUGAUGCUCCGCCCACUCAGCAGCUAGAACACAAACAGGCCUUGGCUCGUCAGUUCGCUCUUAUCCUUCACUUCACACUGCGCUUUGACGAGCUCAAGAUGACCAUCCCUGCCAUCCAGAAUGACUUCAGCUACUACAGGCGUACAAUCAGUCGCAUGCGUAUCAACAACAUGUGUGUAAGAAGUGCAGACGCAGACAACGAGGUGAACAACGAGCUGGCCAACCGUAUGUCUUUGUUCUACGCCUGCGCCACGCCCAUGUUGAAGACACUGAGCGACGCCACCUCAAAGUUUGUCUCUGAUGUCAGUGCUCCCCAUGAUGUCAUCAUGACAUCAUUUGUCAUAUUGAUUUCAACAUUUUGCUCUCCCGCAUUAAGUCAGGGAUAUACUAUAAUUAACCCUGACGUUCCCAUUGAGAACACCACAGACUGUCUGAGCACCAUGGCCUGUGUCUGUAAAGUCAUGCUGGAAACACCAGAGUACAGAAGUCGUUUUACCAGCGAUGAGACAGUCUUAUUCUGUCUGCGUGUGAUGGUUGGCGUCAUCAUCCUCUAUGACCAUGUGCACCCGGCCGGUGCCUUUGUGAAGACCUCAACCAUUGACAUGAAAGGAUGCAUUCGGGUUCUGCGGGAGCAGCCGGCUAGCAGCGUGGAGGGUUUACUCAAUGCUCUCAGGUACACAACCAAACACCUGAAUGAUGACACCACCCCCAAGCAGAUCAGAAACAUGCUGCAGCCAAACUGACCAUCCGACUACUGACCAAAGGUUAUGUAAAGGUUUAUUGGUGAUGUCAUAAUGUAAACGUGAGACCAGCUCAACUGGACGCAAACAGGCCUGUCUACUAAGGCACUUUGAACAAAUGAGCUCACAUACAUGCUCAAGCGCUAAUGAAUGAGUCAGCUCUGCUCUGCUGUUUGUGUUGGCCUCGUCAACUUUUUCAUAUUUUAUACGUCUAUGAAAGCAAUGAAUAAAAUCACAUCGUUACAA